AUGGGCUUUGAUCUUGAACGUUUUGAGAGUCCCGUGGAUCCUGAAUUAAUCUGUAAACUGUGUGGGAAAGUUUUAGAGGAUCCUCUUACCACUCCUUGUGGACAUGUUUUCUGCGCUGCUUGCGUACUCCAGUGGCUCUCCAAAUCCAACAUCUGCCCUGUCCAGUGUCAGAAGAUCUCCACCAAAGAGCUGAACCACGUUCUGCCCCUAAAAAACAUCAUUCUCAAACUGGAUAUCAAAUGCGAUCACAGCGAACGAGGCUGCGAUAGAAUUAUGAAGCUCCAACAUCUGCCGGAGCACGCAGAAAUGUGCACCUUCUCUCCGGUUACAUGCAGAAAUAAAGGAUGCGACGUGGUGGUCAGUCUGAAGGACGUGGCAUCACAUUUGCGUGAUAAAUGCGAGUACAGACCGGUGGUAGUCUGUCAGGAUGGAUGCGGGCUGAUGCUCACCCUCAAGGAGGAGUCGGAGGGCCACUGUUGUCUCCGAGCGCUUCAGAUGCGAAAUGGGAUUCUCCUUGCCAAAGUGCAGGAUUUGGAGAGGAAGCUGAAGCGCCAGUCCUUGAGGUUCAGUAACAGGGAGAGUUCUCUCCUUUCCAAACUAUCUGCGCUCUGCUGCGUGCUGCACAUGACAGCGCAGAGCUUUCAGAAGAAGAUCACCGAGUACAAGAGCUGGAUUGACGCCCUGUCAAACACCUGGAGCCCUCUGAAUCAGGAACAAGAGGAUCAUGGGGAUCUCUGUGACGGGAUCUAUAUAUCCAAGGUUGUGGAAAAUGGAGCAGCUGACAAAGGAGGACUACAAAUUCAUGACAGGAUCUUAGAGGUAAAUGGAAAGAACCUUUCCCAUGCCACCCAUGAUCAAGCAGUAGAGGCCUUCCAAACAGCCAAAGGCCCCAUUGAGGUCCAGGUACUGCGCAAUACGGCGCAUAACAAGACUUUUAAGAAUAUUGCACCAACCCAAGGAUUGGACACCAGUACUCAGACUAACAUUACUCUGAAAUGUUUGUCACAUAUAGAGGCUAUGGCCAAGUUGCCCUCGCCUCCAACACCACUAGGUUUGGCCAUGCUGGACAGUUUACUUUUACCCACAGAGUCUCAAAUGGAAAGAUGUGAUUCACCUUACCCCCCAGACUUCAUCGACAACAUACAGAAAGACACUGAGGCCAGAGGACUGGAAUAUGAGAUUGAUCCAGAAGGUAUUGCAGUGAAGGAUGGCAGAGUCCUGCAAGGAGACCAGAUUAUCCAGAUCAAUGGAGGGGACAUCCAGAGCCAUGAUGAGGCAGUGACACUUCUGACCAGGGUGGAGAGUAAGAAUGUGACCCUCCUAGUGGCUCGAUCAGAAAGUCAGGGUGAUAGCUGGAUGGAGGAGGACAGAAACCACUUUCUAGAUGAUUUGCACAUAGACAUGCUGGAGCAACAGCAUCAUCAGGCCAUGCGGUUCAGUGCCAGUAUGUUGCAGCAGAACAGACAUGAAGAAGAUGGAGGCACCACUGAUUCAGCAACCAUACCGUCCAAUCGUCAUGAGAAAGACAGUGGUGUGGGCCGUACGGAUGAAAGCACUCGUAACGACGAAAGCUCUGAGCAGGAGAUUUUGGGGGAUGACCAGAAUUCUGCGUGCGACACACUAACAGGAAACCAGAAGAAGUUUAACUAUAGCCAGGAUGCUGUGGGUAGUGGGGACAUGCACCUAAGCAAUAUUGACAAUGGAGACAGUGGAAAUCUCCUUGGUAUAUCUGGCAUGGAGUGUGAACACUUCCAGGAACUGCUUGAACUAAAAUGCUUUGUGAAUGGCAAAAGUCCUUUUGGAUUUCUGGAACAUGAUACUGGACAAUAUUUAGACAGAGUUGGUUUGGACUCCGAUGAACAGGAGAUUAAGAUGCUUAAUGAGAAAUUGCUUAACAUUAAGCUGGAAUGCCUAAGUAGCAUACAAGCACACAGGCUAAACAAAAAAGUAGAAGGGCAGCAACCUAGCAGUGAUUCCAGUUCAAUGCACUUCACUGAGCAAACAAGUGCAGACAAGAUCCAUCAAGAACUCAUCAAUAAGCAAGUGGAAAAGGAAAGCUCUAGCGCUUACAACUCUGGAGAGAGCUGUUGGAGCAUACCUCCUGCUCUGGGGCUUUCUUCAGACUCCAAAAGCACAGUUACUGCAGACAGACGUGGAAGCAACCCAACGACAGCAUGCUUAAAGCAUCCUCUUUCACCCAUUCAGGAGACCAGCCCCGCUAAGAGGCACCCUUCCUCUGGAGAUAUAGAGAUCACAUAUUUGGGGAAAAGAAAGCAAAGCGAGAAAAGGAACCCCAAUAAGAGUCUUUUGACUUCCUCUCAUCAUUCCCCUUUUAAGCAUAACUACAUCCCAGCCCAUGCGCAACAUUACCAAAGCUACAUGCAGCUUAUCCAGCAGAAGUCAGCUGUGGAAUACGGCCACAGUCAGGUCAGCUUAGCCAGCCUGUGCAAGAACACAGAGAUUUGCCCCAAUGAUUCCAGGCCCAAGACAGAGUGGAAGGUAAAGAUCCGUAAAGAUGGAACACGGUACAUUACAAAAAGGCCCACUAGGGACCAGCUGCUGAAGGAGCGUGCCUUGCGUAUCCGAGAAGAGCGCUCUGGCAUAACAACUGAUGAUGAUGCAGUGAGUGUACUGAAAGUGGGUCGAUACUGGAGCAAGCAGGAGCGCAAGCAGCAUGCAGCGCGAGCAAAGGAACAACGGCAACGGCGGGAACUCAUCAAGCAGAGCUAUAUGGAGAGCAAGGAGCAAGCAGGAGCUUUGGUUGACAAGAAGGGGCUAGAUAUUAUCCAGCUCAGCCACAAAAAGAUGAUGAGGAAAAGAAACAAGAAGAUUUUUGACAACUGGAUGACUAUUCAAGAGCUGCUGACACAUGGCAUGAAAUCAACAGAUGAGACAAGACUAUAUAAUUCCUUCCUUUCCGUGACUACAGUGUAA